UGUUUCUACACCGACAGAUGCAAUACUAUUCCGAACUUCUCUCCGUGCGCAGCAGACAACAAACAAACUAUUGGAUUUUCUUAACCUCAUGGGUAACCCGUGAACAGCCUAAUUGUGUUUACCAACUCUUCGCUGACCUAGUUUUAAGGCGUCUGCGCCAAAUCGAUUCUCGCCUUCAUAAAGUACGGAUACGAUUUAAAGAUUUUAAACAUUGAUACGCAAUAAUGGCAAAUUUCCGCGUGUCGUUCAACGUUUCCAUGGUAAUCGCGGCGGUGCUCGGUGAGCUGGUGAGCUUUGUGUUCUUUAACCACCACAGCGCAUGGGGGCGCAGCAUCGGGGUCCGCUACCUCAUCACCGCGUUCAUCUGCCAGGCCGUUCUCGUCGUCAUACUCAAGUGGAUCAUCGAGAGGCAUUUCAGCAUUCACGGAUGGGAAGACAGCGCCAUCUUAGCCCUGUGGCUGUCCCUCAUCUACGUUACCCUUCAGGCGCCCCACGUUGUAUACGACCACCGCAGCCUCUCCUACUUCUUUGCGCAUGCGCUUCACAAGUUUGCAGUUCUGUUUGUCAUGAUUUUUUCUCUACACCGAUUUAAGAACUACUAAAAUUUAAAACGAUGAUUUGAAAGUUUGUCGUACUGUAUCAACCGGACCUCAUUUGGUAUUAUACUUAGCUUUGUUGUGCAAGGACACACGCACAACAUUUGAUUAAUAAAUCCUUUCAUUUUGCUUUGGAUUUAAGAAGCACUUGAACACAAUUAAGACAUACUUUUAUUGGCAUUGUCAGUAUAUGCUUGUCUGUUCUUUCAAUGUUUCUUUUGACGUAAAUAUAUGAUAUGGGUCUCGAUGUAAUAUACCAUGUCCCGAAAUAGUUGUGUAAUAAAGCAUUCAAAUAUUUAAUAAGAGUUGUU